AUGAGGAGGCGGCGCCCUUCAACACGCUGGGCGCGGCCCCGGCGCCUCCCGCCCUCACCCCUCCCCGUGCCCCAGGGUGGCGUGGCGCGACUCCGGCCGCGGCUCCAACUCCUCGGUGAGCGACUCGCCCAACCUGAGCCGCGAGAGCCGCGAGAGCCGCGACGAGAACGACGCCGAGGCCAGCGCCCCAGGGACGCCCGGGGGCGCCAGCGUCUCCGCCCCCGGCCACGACGGGGCGCCCACCUCCACCCUCCCUCCCCGGCCCCGCGCAGCCCCCACCCGUCGCCCUCGCCCAUAAACAGGAGCAGCAGCAGCAGCAGCAGCGGGGAACCUCGGCCAGCACAGCCUCUCCCUCGCCCACGUCAACGGCUUCCGCUCCAGGAGGGAGUCGGAGGCCUCCAAGAGCAGCGAGGACAAGCGCCAUCCUCGCCUCGGCAGAAAUCCCGGCGGCUCCAGGGACUCCAGAAGCUCCGGGAUUCUCGCGACUCCCUCGUGUCUCGCGACUCCUCGAUGCGGGAUGAGGUUACCAGCAGCAGCGUGGACGAGGUCUUCACGGACGAACGGCACGUCAACAGCAACAACAUCCAAGAUCAAAAGGAGAAGGAAGCCACGACAGGUCUGGGAUUAGUGGAAUUCUCGCUGUUGUACGAUUCCCACAACCAGGCGCUACACUGCACGGUACACUCUGCCAGGAACCUAAGACCAGCUGAUAGCGGCUCACAGGCAGAUCCCUACGUCAAGUUACACCUUCUUCCCGGUGCUAGUAAGUCGAACAAACUAAGGACACGAACGAUCCCGAAGACGGUGAACCCGGACUUUAACGAGACACUGACCUACUACGGCAUCUCUGACCAAGACAUGGCCAGGAAGACGCUGAGGCUCACCAUUUUGGACGAGGAUAGAUUUAGCUGCGACUUCCUCGGCGAAGCAAGAAUCGCGCUGAAGAAGGUGCGGCCUCACGAGACCAAGAGACUCAGAAUAAACUUGGAGAAGCGAGCCAUUCUGGCCGAGGACGAGGUCAAGGGAGAGACGGAGCGAGGGAAGGUCCUCCUCAGCCUCAAGUACGCGACGCAGAGGAACGCCCUCAUCGUGGGCAUCGUCCGCUGUGCCCACCUGCCCUCCAUGGACUCCAACGGCUUCUCGGAUCCCUACGUCAAAGUGCAGCUGAAACCGGACCCGACCCACAAGAAAUACCGGACGGCCGUUAAAUGGAAGAACCUGAAUCCGGAGUUCAAUGAGGAGUUUGUCUUCGAAGUCCGGAGGAACGAACUGCCCAAGAAACUUCUGGAUAUCCGGGUAUACGAUAAGGACGUGGGCAGGAGCGAUGACUUUAUUGGCGGCCUGCAACUCUCCCAAGACAGCACCGGCUCCGAAUUACGACACUGGUACGACGCCCUGCAAUACCCCGACCGCAGACACGACCGUUGGCAUCAGUUGCAACCCCUGAACGGAAAAUAAGUCUUAUUUAUUUAUUCAUUUUGCAAGAAUUUAUACAUAAGGAGAACCAUUAUGCAAUCGCCUGUGAAGGAAAUGGACCAGAGAGCGUUGUGGAUUGGUGCUGGGUGAAUUUUUUUUUUUUUUUUUUUUUUUUUGAGGGGAAACGAAGUCAAUCCUAUGCGUUGAGGGGAGUUCAAGGGACGUUUCGUAUGUAAUAGGAGAUCGGGAGAGAGAGAGAGAGAGAGAGAGAGAGAGAGAGAGAGAGAGAGAGAGAGAACCCUCAUACUUGGCUUCCACUCUAAUGGUCUGUUUCGUUAAGAGAUCACAAGAUGGACAAUCAACCGAAACAAGAAAG